UGCUUUGACCUGCACGCUAUCAGCGACUGAUAAGAAAGCUCUUAUCGAAGGCUCGGUCCGAUCAUCUGCUCAGUUGCUUGUGAGACUUGAUACUUGACACUCAAUAGUGUCGAAACAUGAAAUUCUUAGCAAUUUUUGCGCUAAUUUUAUUCUGCCAAACAUGGUGCGAUGCAAAGCCUAUGAGUAUGGAUAACUCGAAACAGUUCAACAACUUGAAAUUCAGUCGCCGCCUCUUGGUGAUGCCCAAAAAUGACUCCACUGGCAUUAUAAAGGCCACGGAUAAUCCCGUUCGACUUGCGCGCAAAUUAAUUUCGGAACUGAAGCUUUACCACCUGAUCAACGAGGUGGAACAGGCCAGGCUUUUCAAUGCUGGCGGCAUCAAGUUGCUCUUCAAGAUGGGCUCGAUUAGGCAGGCCAACACAAUAUUUAACAGCUGGCAAGGCUCACAAGCGAAUCUGAUCAGCCAGAUGAAUGUCGCACCGUCAGACUGUAGUUUCUUCUCUGCCGUUUGUAACAGUUCACAAGCAACAGAGGACUAAAUCCAUGAAAUGUGAAACAGAUUUGUA